CUCUUUAAUUUUUUACUUUGUAGUUGCAAAAAGGAGGAAAUUUUUUAUCUCCAAUUCACCCCCCUCUUGGAAUGCAUUGAGCCAACAAUUGGUAUGAAAGAAAGGGCUCCAAUUUGAAGGUUUAACCACCUAGGAGUUGAUUGAGGAUGGCUCAAUUUCAAGCUACUUCACCACUUGAAGGUUUGUCUACCACCAAGCCUCCUUUCUUUGAUGGUGCUAAUUAUAAUUAUUGGAAGAAUAGGAUGAAGAUCUACAUGCUUGCUAAUGAACCCAAGGUAUGGCUUGUGACUAUGAAUGGUCCAUAUGUGCCUAUGAAAGUUGUUGGAGAAAGUGAGGUGCCAAAGGAAGAAAUUGAAUGGAGUGAUGAAGACUUGGAGAAGAUCAUGAUCAACAACAAGGCAAUCAACAUGCUUCAUUGUGCUCUCAAUCUAAUGGAAAUCAAUAGAACAUCUGAGUUUGAGGUGAUUGAGAAGAAGAAGAAUGUUGCAUUCAAGGCUAGCAACCAAAAGGAAGAGAGUGAAGAUGAAGAUGAUGCUAAUGAUGGUGAAGACAUUUCUGCCUUGAUCUCUAAAGAAGUUAAAAGAUUGAUGAAGAAGAAGAACUUCAAGAAUAGACUUGCAAAAGGAGAUGAAGCAAAGUCUAGCAAAAAGAAUGUGAAGUGCUAUGAAUGCAACAAGAUAGGGCACUAUAGAAAUGAAUGCCUUCAAUUGAAGAAGGGUGAAAGGAAAGAUAAGAAGAGCAUGAAGAAGAAAGAUUUUGCCACCACUUCGAGUGAUGAUGAGACUAGCUCAACGGAAAGUGAAAGCUCCUUGGAAAAUGGUGUUGCAAAUCUUUACUUCAUGGCUCAAGAGGAUAGCAACAAUGAUGAAGAGGCAAACUCUAACUUCUCUAGUUUAAUUAAUGAAAGUUCCUUUGAGUAUUCUUAUGAUGAAUUAUGCAAAGUUCUUGAUUGCUCUAUGAAUGAUAUCAAGAAACUAGGGAAUGGGAAUCUUGCUCUUACUAAAACCAUUUCAUUACUUAAAAAUGAGAUUGAAUCUCUUUCAAAACAAAAUGAGGUUUUAGUUAAAGAAAAUGCCUCCUUAAAUGUUGAGAUUGCAUCUUUGAAGAAUGAGGAAUCUAAUAAUGCUUUGAAAAAGGAAAAUGAGGAUUUAAAGAGGAAAGUUUGUGAUCUUGAAAAAGUGUGCCUUGUGAGCAAAAUGAAAAACAAAUGGUAUCUAGAUAAUGGAUGCUCAAGGCACAUGACGAGUGACCCUUUACAAUUCUCAUCACUCAUGUCCUUGGAUGGUGGAACCGUGACCUUUGGUGACAAUGGGAAAGGAAUUGUGAAAGGAAUUGAUGCCAAUAUUUAUCUUGCUUCUAUAUCUCAUGAUGAUACUUGGUUGUGGCAUAGAAGAUUAGGACAUGCUAGUAUGAAUGUUAUCUCUAAGUUAUCAAGGCAUGAUCUUGUGGAUGGCUUGCUUAAGGUGAACGUGAAUAUCGAUGGUGUGUGUGAUGCAUGCAUGAAGGGUAAGCAAACUAGAGUUUCCUUUAAGGCUAAGAAGUGCAUAUCUGCAAACAAACCUCUUGAGUUACUUCAUAUGGAUUUGUUUGGACCUAUGCGCAUUCUAAGCGUUGGAGGGAAAUCAUAUGUGCUUGUUGUGGUUGAUGCCUAUUCUAGAUUUACAUAGGUUGCUUUUCUUACAUGUAAGAAAGAUGCACUUGACACUUUCAAAAGUCUUUAUAAAAAGCUUCAAAAUGAGAACCGUUUACCUAUGGUUUCGAUUAGAAGUGAUCAAGGGGGAGAAUUUGAAAACAAUGAUUUUGAAGAUUUUUGCAUUGAAUAUAGUAUCGAUCAAUAC